AUGACAGACAAGGAACCUCCAGCAAGCCACGUCGAGAAUCUCAGUGUCGAGGAGCUCGGCGAGGAUAUGCAUAUCUCCAAGUCCAGGGUGAAUGUGACUGGUACGGUGCAGCUCACUGCCGGAAAGAUUGUGUACAUCCCAACUCCGACCAGUGAUCCUCGAGACCCUCUGAACCUGGGCAAAUGGCAGAAAACGAUGAUCUUGAUAUCAAUCUCUUUAUUUUCGACUAUUGGCCUGUCCCUCGUUUCUGGGUUUGGUGGUCUAUUAGGGUUCUAUAUUCCUCAGUAUGCCGCUGCCGGUAAAACAUACGCGGAUAUCACAUCUCUGAUGACUUAUCCCACCUUGACCAUGGGCAUUGGGAACCUAAUUGGCAUGCCAUUGGCAAUUGCAGUGGGCCGAAGAGUCGUGUUACUUGUUGCGACGGCAAUCAUGGUCAUUGGUGCCAUUCUUUGCGCUUAUGCCGACAAUUUUGAACACCAUCUCGCGUUCCGGAUGUUGAUUGGUCUUUCUGCUGGUCAGAGUGAGGCUCUUAUCCCGAUGAUAACUCAGGAAAUCUUUUUCCUCCACGAGCGAAGCACAUUCCUCAUGCUCCAGCAGAGCAUCCAGACCAUCGCUACCGCCGUCUUCACUUUGUUUGCUAGCCCAAUUGCCAACGCUAUCACACCCCAGUGGUGGUACGGUCUUGGUGCUUGCAUUUCUGGUGUGUCCUUGAUUAUGAGCGCCGUCUUCGUUGUCGAAACAAAAUACGACCGCCCCAAGUCUUCAUUUCAGGAAAUUGAAACCAGCGACGACUCAGAUCAAGUGUUCAAUGACCAGGGCAAACCAUCGGACCUCACUGUUGCCACCGAGCGGCCCCCUCUGGACUUUGUCACCUACCAGGCACGCACCUGGCGCUCUGACUUGCGCCUGUGGGUUGGUCGGCCUGAAUGGCGCAGAGGUCUGGAUACAUUCAUCCAAUCUUUCCAACUACUUCUCUUCCCCAAUGUCCUCUGGGCCAUGGCUCUUAAUGGUCUCACCCUGGGCGUCAAUAUUGCCAUCGGCACCACCUACGGAAACAUCGUGACAACCCUAUAUAACUGGCCCCAAAAGUCCGCCAGCUACGUCAAUUGCGGCCAAAUUGUCACUUCACUCAUAGCCCUCCCCGUCUUUGGCUUCGGCUCCGACCGACUCAUCAAAUGGUUCGCGAAUCGACGCAACGGCAUCCACGAGCCCGAGACGCGUCUCCUACCUCUUAUCUUCCCUAUCAUAGUGGGCACAUUCACUGCCGUGCUCUACGGCAUGGGCGCCACACACCCAAGCGAGUACCACUGGUUUGUAUAUGUGUGGGCCGUGGCUGCAUACUACUUCGCCUUCGUCGGUGCCAACAUCGUGGCCAUCACAUAUCUGCUGGACAGCUAUCCGCAGCGAGCGAGUCCCUUGUUGAUUAUUAUUUGCGCUUUCAGGGGCAUUAUCUCUUUUGGAGUGAGUUAUGGUAUCCAGCCUUUCAUUGAUGAGAAGGGGUACGAUGGCGCGUUUGGCACCUUUGGGGCCUUGACUGCUGUUUUCGGUUUGCUGGGCAUUCCUGUGUUUAUUUGGGGACGGCGAAUUCGUCAGAUCACUGGUAAAUAUGCUGUGGACAAGGAGUGA